AUGAAUCACGUCAACGUUCAGCCGCCUCACUCGUACGCGCCGGGCCACGACUCGCAGAACCUCCCCAGCAUCAGCAACCUCAUCAAUUCGCCCCAGAAUGACGGCUCGACCAACGGCUACCCCCCCUCGCCGUAUCAGAACUCCGCUGCCCUCCUACAGCAGCAACAACAGCAGCAGCAUUUGUCGUCGGAAAUGCAGCUCGAUCCUCCUCAUCAGCAACAGCAACAGCAGCCGCAACAACAACAGCAGCAGCAGCCACCCCAACCCCAACCCCAGCAGCAGCAGCAACAACCCCAGCAGCAUCACCAGAUCCACCAUGGCCACAGCGUAUCGCUAUCCCAGCCCCGCGUCACCAAGGGCAAGUAUUCGCUCGGCGAUUUUGAGAUCCUGAGAACGCUCGGCACCGGUAGCUUCGGGCGCGUUCACCUGGUCCAGUCCAAGCACAACCAGCGCUUCUAUGCCGUCAAAGUGCUCAAGAAGGCGCAGGUGGUCAAGAUGAAGCAGGUCGAGCACACAAACGACGAGCGCCGCAUGCUCAGCGACGUCAAGCACCCGUUCCUCAUCACCCUGUGGGGUACCUUUCAGGACUGGAAGAAUCUCUACAUGGUCAUGGACUUUGUCGAGGGCGGCGAGCUGUUUUCGCUGCUAAGAAAAUCCGGGCGGUUUCCUAACCCGGUCGCUAAAUUCUACGCUGCCGAGGCUACGUUGGCAUUGGAAUACCUGCAUUCUAAAAACAUCAUCUACCGCGAUUUGAAGCCCGAAAACUUGCUGCUGGAUCGGCACGGACACCUGAAAAUCACCGACUUUGGCUUCGCGAAGCGGGUGCCGGACAAGACAUGGACGCUCUGCGGAACACCAGAUUAUUUGGCUCCUGAAGUAGUCUCUAACAAGGGCUACAACAAGUCUGUAGACUGGUGGUCCCUCGGAAUUUUGAUAUACGAGAUGCUUUGUGGAUACACGCCGUUCUGGGACAGCGGUUCUCCCAUGCGCAUAUACGAAAACAUCCUCAAGGGCAAGGUCAAGUACCCGGCGUAUAUAAACCCGGAUGCCCAGAACCUGCUCGAGCGGUUGAUCACGGCAGACUUGACCAAGAGACUGGGCAAUCUGUUUGGAGGCUCACAAGACGUCAGGAACCAUCCGUGGUUUGCAGAAGUCACGUGGGACCGGUUGGCGCGCAAAGACAUUGAUGCUCCGUAUACGCCGCCAGUCAAGGCUGGAGCCGGCGAUGCCAGCCAGUUUGACCGAUACCCCGAGGACCCUGAAAAGUACGGGGGUCCGGGCGGUCAUGAUGAGUACGGCAAUCUGUUUACUGAAUUCUAA